GAAAACGUUAGGAAGCUAGACUAUCACAAUGGGGUUGGUGGAGCUGGUGCUAUAUGCUCUAGUACGUCCUCGUCGUCGCACCGUUCUUGCAUCGGCGUUCCUCACCUACGUCGAGGUGCUACACCAGGUCCUGCAGAGGGAGGCGAUCAUCCGGAGGUUUUGAUGCGAUGGUCAGAAAAGCCUGGUCGUGCAGAAGCUUUGUAUUUCGUUCAGAACAAGAACGGACUUCUGGGUGCUGCCGCUUCCUCUCAAGAACUAGGAGUACAAGUCAAAAAUAAUAGCAUCCUGAAGAAAAAACCCUCUAUUUCCCCAGUGAAGACGAUGUUGAGCCACGGAGACGGAAAGGACAACUUCUCCAACUCGACCACCUCAAUAUCUCCCGUCGCGGAGUACCAAGUCGGCCUUCUAGCCGAUGGCUCGUCUGUCCUCCUAGCCGCAGACGGCAUCAACCGACGUUUGAUUCCUCGAUGUUCCUCGAUCAUAGAAAGCAAAACCUUGAGUUCUUCAGAGGACGCAAGGAACAAUUGUGUGCAGCUUGUUUUCGGCAGCAAUGUCAGAAUCGUAGGUGACGAGCCAGAACUAGUGCAGUUGCUGGAUGGCCGCACUGUCGUAGUUUCAAAGACGGGUAAGAUGAUCACAAAUCUGCGACAGGGGGAUUGCUUGUACGUUUUUGCCGAUGGAGGAGGUUUUGUUGAAAAUGGAAUUGUUCGAGUCGUUUUACCAGAGUACGUGAGAUCCUCAGGCAUCAGCUAUGAGCCGACGCAGACAACCUCCUUGAGGCUGAUGGGUGGCCAGAUAACCAGCGCGUCGCGAAAUUCCGCGGUGUUGAGACGCAAGGACAAGUACCUUGCUCAAGCUAAGCUAAACUUCGAGGCUGCAGUGAAACAAAACUUCUUAGUUCCGACAAAACGAGAGAGCAGACGAAGCACAACCUCUAGAGCAACUACAAGCACAAGGAAGUCUAGUAUCAGAGAUAAAAAGAGCUCAUCUACUCCUAGAAAACUAUCUUCAUCCACGACAAAAAAUGCAGUCGCAGUUCGACCCACCAUCAACAUCAGUGACAGCAGCAGUAGCAGUAGUAGCAGUUCACAUGGUGAUGAACGUGAAGGAGACGUCGAAUCAAAAAAUUUCUUCAAGCGUGACAACACGAUGCAGAUGUCUGAGUGGAUCCGCAGCAUCGUUUCCUCAGUUCACGAAGAUAUUGAGGACCAGGAAACGCGUGAGCGCGAAUUUGCGAAGACAAUUCGGAUGAGUGAGUGGCUUCGGAGUACAGUGGGAAGUGCUGGCUCAGUUCCUCGUGGAACGGAGAUGAUGGCGAAUACAGAGGUGGCUAAAAAAACGAUCCGCAUGAGUGAGUGGCUGAACGGAGUGCGUCUGUCUUCUGAUAGCCGUGCUCGAACAAGUUCUAUCCGUGAUCCUACUGUGGCUCAUGCAUCC